AUGUCUUCCUACUCCCCACAAAACGGCAAUCAAGGCCAGCAAUGGCCAUUCGCAUACAAAGGAAACUCCGGCAGCCACAUGGAGCUCAUCGCCACAAUAACCGUCGUCUUAGUCUUCAUACUCAUCACCUUCCACCUCUAUAUCAGAUACCGCCGGCAAAGUCAUGUCUUCAUUACAAUGGAAAGCACUACUAGUCGGCCUACCCCUCUUGCCGCUGCCGAUGCCGGAGGCCUCGAUGCUGCUGCUAUUGCGGCCUUGCCCACGUUUAUUUACCAUGUUAGCUCUGCAACAAAUGAAGGCACGGAGGAAUGUGCUGUUUGCUUGAGUGUGGUGCAGGAAGGGGAGAAGAUGAGGUUUUUGCCUCAUUGCAAGCAUGUGUUUCAUGCCGAGUGUAUUGAUAUGUGGUUACAUUCUCAUGCCACUUGUCCCGUUUGUCGGACGAGAGCUAGGCCGGCGAGUAUGUCUGAGUUGGGAGGGUUGUUGCCUGCGCCGCUGAUGCCGCAGAGAUUUGGUCAUGGUGGCGGUGGUAGGGCUGCAGAGGAGGGCGGUUCUGAGCCGGCAGAGGUUUCGAGAAUGGAAAAUGGGCCGAGGAGAUGGGCGAGCGCGAAUGGUAAUUGUUUUGUGGACUUGGAGAGGCAAUUGAUUUAG